CUUAUGCGCCAUUACCAAGCAGGUACCACUUACCUCGUGAACUAUGGACAAAGAAGCAUUAAUAGAAGAAAUAAGCAAGUACCCUUUCUUAUACGACAUGAGCGAUGUGCGGUACAGCGAUACGAAGAAGAAAGACGAAGCUUGGAAACAAAUAGCGUACGAUAUGGGAGAAAAAGAACAAAACUGCAGAAAAACAUGGUUUAAUUUACGAGAGGCACAUCGCAGAUCCAUGAAAAAGAAGAAAACAAAAGGCAACGAAACCGUACAAAGGAAAUGGAUUUACGAGGACCAAAUGGCCUUCCUCAUACCCCAUUACAAAGAACGCAAACAAACGACCACAGACAACGAAGAUUAUGAUGUCGCCCAAUUCUUAUCUAUGGAAGACGAUUCGUUGAAUCAAGCGCCGUCAGACAGCUACAGUAAUCCAGAUUCUAUAACGUCCACUCCCAAAAAGAGGUUUAAAACUAAAACUUAUAAAAGGAAGUCGGAGAAGGAAACGUCAGUAACGACUUUACUAAUGGAAUAUUUGUUAGAAAAGAAAGAGAAAAAGGAUGAGGAAGAUGAGAUAGACAAGUUCUUUAGCAGCAUGGCGGUCACUGUUAAAAAGUUCCCGCCAAUGCAACAAGUUAUUGUCAAGUCUAAGAUAUUCAAUUUUGUGUCAGAGAUGGAAUUGGAUUUAUUAAAGUAGAAUAGAUUUGUAAGAAGCAAGAGAAAACUAAGCAAUAAAUUUGACAACUAAAAAAAAAACAGCUUUAGUAGAAAUAUCAAGAAACCGAUAGGAAAUAAUAUUCGCUUAUAGAGUUUACCUAAACAAUUAAAUUGCUUAUUACAGACAAGAACAUAAAUCUAAAGGCUUUCUCACAAGACGCUGUUUAGCUUUAAACAACUAUGAAAUGAUACAACGUAUAGCAGACAAAACAGUUUCAAACU